AUGAUUUCUCCAUUGAAGCGAUGUCUCAUUUCUCAUAUCUCUCUUAAUUCUAUUCAGUCUUUGUCAACACACCCCGUGUCACCUCAUUCCGACCUAGAGCCGCACUUUCCAACCCAAACGUCAGCCUCUGCUGCGCAACAUUCCCAGAUUAAAUCUGUUUCAUUCGUCUUUGAGAAUGUUUAUAAAAACCGCGUCGGGGUCUCUCUAUUACGCCAUUACUUUCAUUCAUACCGGAUCCUAGUUCCAAUAAAUCCCUUUCUUUCUCAGUGUGUAUUCAAGAAAUACGAGCUGUCUUUUUCUUUCUUUCUUUCUUUCUUUUUUUCCUUCUUUCUUUCUGUUUUAAACCUUACCUAUGAACAUUUCUUUCUUUCAUUCUUUCUUUCUUUCUUUCUUUCUGUUAUAAACCGUACCUCUGAACAUUUCUUUCUUUCUUUCUUUCUUUUUUUCUUUCUUUCUUUCUCAUUUCUUUCUUUCUUUCUUUCUUUCUUUCUUUCUUUCUUUCUUUCUUUCUUUCUUUCUGUUAUAAACCAUACCUAUGAACAUUUCUUUCUUUCUUUCUUUCUUUCUUCCUUUCUUUUUUUCUGUUAUAAACCGUACCUAUGA